UGGUAGUCUGCCAUCAGUCUUUCUCAAGUCACGUAACCGUCGCUUCGACGUGUCGUUCGAGCGGCGUUUCGUCGGAUUCCACAUACGUCGAAUUUCGCCGAUUGCGACUUCGGCCAAGUAUUCUUUAUCACUACAACAUACAACGCACAUUUCGCCGACAUAUUGCGCUUCCCUUCUCUUCUCGUCACACUCUCUCGAUCACACAAAUAACGGCGAACGGCUGCCGUGGAUCGCGGGGGAACGCGAUUCUUACGUCGAAUGAUUAUUUGUCAUGUGAAAUUGUCGUCGCGCUAAUCGCCUGCUCCGGGAAACGUCGAGAAGCGGCACACCGGAUAUCGACCGGAGUUUUUCUUCGCCGAGCUGCACGCAUUAGUCGCAUCAAUCGUUCAUUCGUGGCGGAAAAAAAAAAUUCAUUGAAAUAUUAGUCAUCUGAAAUUUCCACGGUACGACGCGGUUGGACUCUGUUCAACUGGUCCGUUUCCACAUCGCAGUCCAAGCGUCCUCCUGGGCCGUUUGGCGAACGAACGAUACGGAUCUCGUCGAGCCUUACCCCUUCCAUCAGCAGCGCUCGCUAACGGGAUGCCGCAAAACGAUGACGCGACGUCCCAGGAGAGGUCCGGCCUGCCGUUCCUGCAAUUCACUGACAAAGGCAUCCGAGUGAACUUCGCCGGAUACCAUGCUGAAGCUGGUCUCGGCGGUCUCCUCAGGGGUGCUGGAACGGGCGGAGGACUUCACGCAAGCGUGGGCACCCCGUGGGGCGCACACGCAGGAGCUGGACUAGGCGGCCAAGUAAGCGGGGAGGAAGGCACUGUCGGUGGCGGACUGUACGCUCGCGCCGGCCUCGGCAACGGCAGGCCGGAAGCCGCGGCCGGUCUCGGAGGCAGAUUGGACGGCAGCGGACGGUCGGUGAAUCCGAUUGCCGGUGGCAUGUACGCAGGUGCAACACCGGGCGGCGGCCUCGGGACCGGCGUGUUCCUCGGCGGAGGUGUCGGCAAGAACGGCGAUAUCCCAUUUGCAGCCCCGAGCGACGUGUCCUACACCGGUUUUGGCGACAGUCCGCAAGCAGCUGGCGCGACGACGACGGAGAAGACCGAUGCGGCCGCAAGCGCGUCCAGUGAAGCGAAGGCGACGAGGGGCCGCACGAACAUUCAGAUCAUUCCGUCGAGAUCGAGGAAGGAGAAAGAGAAAGUGGCGGUCGAAGCUGCCGCGCUGCCAGCCAACGCAGCCGCAGCGGACAUUAAAGCCGAGCCGAAGAACAACGAGGUACGGCGUGCCGUAAAGUACGCCGCGAUCGUACCUCCUGUGGCGCAGCUCGACGUGGUUGGCUCGAUUUCCGCGGGCGCGGUCGUGCCGGCUGUCACCGCCACGAAAACCGUCGAGAAAAACGUCCUGGUCCCCGCAGUCCCGAUUCCCGCAGCCCCGCUCAUUGUUCCCGUUGCGACUCAGGUCAACGCCAAUGCGGCAGCAAGUGUCGACAAUAAUACAGUUCCCGUUUCAAGAAUCGUGUACCCCCGCUGGUACUUUAGAAAGAGAUUUUGGAACGUACCCAGGAAAACGGUCUACGUUGCCCCGAUAGCGACGGAGAUUCAAAGCGCUUCCAACGUAAGCGGCGACCUGGCCGUCGCUAAUACGGUCGCAGACGGCGGCGUUGCAGUUGUUGCGGGCAAAAGCUACAGCGGCUCGCUAUUCGACGACAUCUUUAACAUUCCAAUUUCCACCUUGGCGGCCGUUAACCAACUGUUGAACAACGUCGGCUAAAACGUCGAGACUUCCCGUCGAAGGCGCAGGGCAAUGCUCCCGAUGGAAGAUGGAUCCAUCCGUGUAUUUUUUUUCUUUUUUACUUUUCUUUUUUUAUAAACCCUGAGGUGUACUUGACGAACGUGUUCGUUCCUUGUCUAACCGCUUUCGGCGGAUAUUUGUACGCAGCCCACGAAUGCCGGACAUGCACGAUGUCUGAUCUUACGAUUCCUCAUACGUGACUAGAUUACCGCUGGUUUCACGUGCAACAGUAUUUCUUUGUCCCAGUCGCGCUCAAGGAGAACACGUUUUAUAUAUAAGAAAUAAAGCCUUAUGUAAAAAACCCCUCUGUGACAUCCAGUAUUUUUUUAUAAUGCGUAUAUGUAUUUCUUUUUUUUUACACAUGCCGCGUAUUAUUUAUCUAUAAUCGAUGGCCUGUCUGGCUGGCGUCGAAUCGUUUGAAACCGUAGAAUAAAAGUCUCACACACACACACACACACAUACAUGUGCAAUACGUUUCGAAUAUUAUUUAAAAACUGGAUUCUCUUAAUGUAGCCCCGAAGGUCUUGAAUAUAUUUUAACAACUCAAAUAUGUAGAUUGUGCGCGCACCCUCCAAACUUCCGACUUCGAGAUGCUGUCGUCAUUAUUCAUUCUGUACGAUAUGUACGUGGUACGAAUGUUACAAGAGGAGAUUUCAAAGGAGAUUUUAUUGCACUGCCAAGAAGGGAGGAAACAUUCGAUUGUUGUCUAGUAGUCGAUCAUAUAUGGCCGCAAACAUGUCCGUCGUUGGAACGUUUAUUGUUAUAAAUGGCAAGCACGUGUUACCCUGCUCUCACAGCGAGUCGUUAAGAGUAAAAAUAGUAUCACGGAAGACAUUAACGAGCACAAUA